AUGGUCCGGCUCAACGGGAAAGCUGCAGGAAUCAUGCACACGUUCAGUGCCCUCACAACCACUGACAUCACUGGCUUUGGGGUUUGGGAACAGGAACCUUCCCCUGGGAAGAUGAAGCUCUCUGGAAGAGGCUUCUUAGACAUGACCAUCUCCAGGAACCAGCGGGCAACCUUUAAGUCUUGCAGACGUCUCUUGAAAGAACUGGAGAACCUUGAGGACCACACUCUCCUGUUGGAAAAGUGCCUGAGGAAGCUCCGUGGGGAGGGCAGCUCCCACCACCUUCCACGCGAAGAACGCCCAGGGCCAGUGUACAAACGAGCACCUGCUAGGAACCACCAGCCAUGUGGGGGGUGUGGGAAAGCUUCUCCUACCAGCUUGUCCCCACGGGCUCCCCCGGCUCCUCUGGCCUCCACGCUGUCAUCAGUCCCGAAGGCUUCUGUAGGGUGCUUUGAAUCUCUGUCAUCCCUGAGCUCCUCCAAGCCACCAGAGCUUUUGUGUCCCCUGAAGCAUCCUUCACACCGGCCACCUGCGAGCACCCUAUCACCAAACCCAGAAUGA